GGAGAAGAGACAGCUCUUAGUCAGUUAGUGGUGGGUGACUAACUCUCUUGGAAAAAGUCAGUGUGGCAAGAGCAGUGGGAGAGAUAGGGACAAGACAUUAACUACAACAGAAAGAGGAAAAACUGCUUCAGGAGUCAAGACAUUGGAGAAUUGCUGCAGAAACACAAGAGAUGUGCAUUUGACACCGAGGGACGCAACAGCGAUUGAAGAAUGAACACUACCAGGGCUGAGCCAUAACGACAAGAAGCAGAGGACUACGCUAAUUUUAACCCGACUCCUGAAUACUUCACAGAGCUGGUGGCGCCAUUUUCAGCUUUUUCUGGACGUUCUGCUAAGUGCCAUGCCCCUGUUCAGCUGGAUGAAGUGGUCUCAUGUGACAAAAGUGCAGACUCAGAAUGAAGUGCCACCUCUUAAGAGCUCAGAGGUUGUGCCCAGCCGCAGGUUGAUCAGAGAGCUCCUGUGGCAUGUAGAAGAACGCGAACAACUGGCACAGGAAUUGGAGCGAGAGCACAGGUUGGCCCACAGCUCUCCGGGGCUCCAAUGGUUCCAGAAGUACCAUCGGUUGCGGACUCUCAUCCCCACAUCAGAGCUUUACCAGCUAGAGUUCCUGUGUGCCCAGAUACCACCGAUCCAUGCAGCCGCAGUCCUUUCCAGGUUUCGUGAGGUGCUGGCCACUAACAACAUAAGACCCUGGGAGCUGGUGUCGGUCUUCAAGCAGGUGCUGAGAGACUUUGUGAACCAUAAGCAAUAUGAUGAAGAGUAUGACUUCUCAGGUCAGUCAGCACAGCACAGACCAAUGGAGGCUUGGACCAGCCGCUAUAAAAUGAGGCAGGGCUUUGUCAAGACCACCAUCCCCAACUGUGGAGACUGCCCAAGGGAGGAGAUCCCAACAAUCUCUGGAUAUGUGGACUGGGCCAUGCGGCACUCCAGUUCAUUCUCAGGUUUCAGCGACUGGGAGCAUCCAUAUAACUAUCCAGCAUCUCUCAGGCCCAAUGGGACAUACAGCACUACACUGUGAAAAGACACUACAAACAUGAAACCACAUGAAAACAACAAACACAUUGAAAAUGUUAGUAGUUUUAGGUUUUUCAGAUUUGAGACCAAAAAUACAAUUCAUUACAAGGACUAGUUUGCCUUGCCUGCCUGCUCUGUAUAAUCCCGUUUUCCUGAGUGUUUUAUGAUGUCUUGAAAACAACCCUAGGUAAGUCUUUGUAGAGAUUAGGCUGUGUUUCAAAAGGCAAAUUGUCAGAGAUAAUGUGUGAGCACAGUAUGUGAGAACGUGCACAGCCUGAACCAAUUUUUUAGGUUUUAGGUGAAGCAGUGUGUGUCCCUGCAGCCGCACAUCACACGCUGAACAUGUUUUAGAGAAGUUAAAGCACAGGCCGAUAUUCUCCCAUUUCAUCUGAACUGUUUUUAGAGCCCUAUGGAUGCAAAACUGUCAAAAAGACUAAACAAAAUAAAAAUUAUAG